GACUCAAUCUGUGGCCAGCAGCAGCAGCAGCAGCAGCAGCAGCAGCAGAGGUGGUGGGGAGGAGAGAGAGACACAGACACAGAGAGAGAGAGAGGAGCAUUUGAUCCACUUCUUUAAUUCCCUCCUGCGGCUUCUUCACUGGGGCAGCAGGGAGAACAAAAGACAGGACAACUGCAUGAUCACAGGCGCUUGUUGUUCCCUCCUCCUCCUCCUCCUCCUCCUCCUCUUCUUCUUCAUCUCGACUGCAAAAGCCAAGGCUAGCUGCUAGAUGCUCAGUUCAGCCUGCUAGCCUUUGUGGCAAGGGGCUGUCCAUGCAUCCAAGGAGCCCCUGAAGCAACCCCGGGCUGGGAGAAGCCUCGGCUCCUUCUCUCUCUCUCUUUUUUUUUUUUUUUUUUUUUUUUUUGCAUAUAGACAGUCUGCAAAAUAUUCUCCGAGUGGGCAGACAGCAGCAUCCCUGUCAGCUUGCAUUGCGCACACACACACACACACGCACACACAAAUACGCACAGAAAGCGGAUUUCCAGUGAGGAGCAUCACCGCCUGCCUGCCCGCCUGCCUGCCUGCCUGGGCACGGUUACACGUCGUCGCCUGUCUGCAACCUCCGGCUUGACAGGACCGAGAGAGGCGAUUGAUGUGUAAUAUUCUCUCAGGAUAGUGCUUUUACAAUGUUGCGCACCACGGCCAACAUGUUGGCAACAGGAUUGCUUUUCUUGGGAUUGUUGCACAGUUUGGAAGUAAUCGCUCCGGGAAGGGCUAUUGAUGCCCCAAAGACCUGCAGCCCUAAGCAGUUUGUGUGUAAAGACGGGGUGACGUGCAUCUCUAAGGGCUGGCGCUGCGAUCGGGAGAAAGACUGCCCAGACGGCUCUGAUGAGGAACCGGAUGUUUGUCCACACAGUACCAUAUCCCGGUGCCCUCCCAAUGAAUACCAAUGUGGAGGAACAGAACUCUGCAUCCACAUGAGCAAACUGUGCAAUGGGGCUCCAGACUGCACUGAUGGCUGGGAUGAGGGCCCACACUGCAGAGAGUUUGUGUCCAACUGCUCGAUCGCAGGAUGUCAGGAAAGCUGUGCGGUGACUCCAACGGGGACGGCUUGUUACUGUAAGAGUGGUUAUGAGAUCAGCCCAGAUGGAAAGACAUGCAAAGACUUUGAUGAAUGCACUGUGUAUGGGACCUGCAGCCAGUCCUGUACCAACACUGAAGGCGCCUACACCUGCUCCUGUGUGGAGGGCUACUUGUCCCAGCCAGACAACCGUUCGUGCAAGGCCAAGAAUGUGCCAGUAGACCGUCUGCCCGUCCUGUUGAUCGCCAACUCCCAGAACAUCCAAGCCACCUCCCUGAGUGGCACCACAGUCCACAGCCUGCUAUCUACCAGCACCAAACAGACCACAGCAAUGGACUUCCUCUACGCCGAGGAAACUGUCUGCUGGAUCCACGUGGGAGAUUCCCCCUCAUCCACACACCUUAAAUGUGCCAAGAUCCCCAAUCUGAAGAGCUUCACAGAGGAGAAAGUCAUCAACAUCUCCCUCAGCCUGCACCAUGUGGAACAGAUGGCCAUCGACUGGCUUACCGGAAACUUCUACUUUGUGGAUGACGUGGAUGACAGGAUCUUCGUGUGUGACAAGGACGGGCAAUUAUGUGUCACCCUCCUGGACCUGGAGCUGUACAAUCCUAAAGGCAUCGCCCUUGACCCCACCAUGGGGAAGGUUUUCUUCACAGACUACGGUCAGAUCCCCAAGGUGGAGCGCUGUGACAUGGAUGGCCAAAACCGAACCAAACUCGUGGACAGUAAGAUCGUGUUCCCCCACGGCAUCACGCUGGAUCUCGUCAGCAGGCUGGUGUACUGGGCUGACGCCUACCUUGACUACAUUGAGGUGGUGGACUAUGAGGGCAAAAAUCGGCACACCAUCAUCCAAGGCCUGCUGAUCGAACACCUGUACGGGCUGACGGUGUUCGAAAACUACCUGUAUGCCACCAACUCGGACAACGCUAACAUGCAGCCUAAAACCAGUGUGAUCAGGGUCAACCGCUUCAACAGCACAGACUACCAAGUGGUGACCAGGGUGGACAAGGGAGGAGCGCUGCACGUUUACCACCAGAGACGCCAGCCUCCAGUGCGUAGUCAUGCGUGUGAGGUGGACCAAUUCGGGAAGGCCGGAGGCUGCUCAGACAUCUGUCUGCUGGGGAACGGCCACAAGACCCGAACCUGUCGCUGUCGCUCUGGAUUCAGCCUGGGCAGCGAUGGCAAGUCCUGCAAAAAACCCGAGCACGAGCUCUUCCUGGUCUAUGGUAAAGGUCGCCCGGGGGUCAUCAGGGGCAUGGACAUGAACGCAAAGGUGCCAGAUGAGUACAUGAUCCCCAUAGAGAAUCUGAUGAACCCCAGAGCUCUGGACUUUCACGCUGAGAGCGAGUUCAUUUACUUUGCCGACGCCACCAGCUACAUCAUUGGGCGACAGAAGAUUGAUGGAACAGAGAGGGACACCAUUGUGAAGGAAGGAAUCCACACAGUGGAGGGCAUCGCUGUGGACUGGAUGGCUGAUAACUUGUACUGGACAGAUGACGGGCCCAAGAAAACCAUCAGCGUGGCCCGGCUGGAAAAGGCUUCGCAGACCCGAAAAACCCUCAUCGAGGGAAAGAUGACCCACCCUCGUGCCAUUGUAGUUGAUCCUCUAAACGGCUGGAUGUACUGGACAGACUGGGAGGAGGACCCUAAGGAGAGCAAGCGAGGCAAAAUUGAGCGGGCUUGGAUGGACGGCUCCAAUAGAAGCGUGUUACUGACCAGCAAAACGGUGCUGUGGCCCAACGGUCUGAGUCUGGACAUCCCACAGGGAAUCCUCUACUGGGUGGAUGCCUACUAUGACCGCAUUGAGAUGGUCUACGUCAACAGCAGCGAGCGCAAGACGGUGUACGAAGGUCAGGAACUGAACCACGCCUUUGGUCUGUGCCACUAUAAACACUUCUUGUUCUGGAACGAGUAUCGCAGUGGCAGCAUUUACAAGCUGGACACCACCACCGGCGUUGCCACUCUGCUGCGCAACGAGAGGCCGCCCAUUUUUGAAAUCCGCAUGUACGACGCUCAGCAGCAACAAGGCUCCAAUAAAUGCCGCGUGUACAACGGCGGCUGCAGCAGUCUGUGUUUGGCCAUACCAGGAGGCAGGCAAUGUGCCUGCGCAGAAGACCAAAUACUAGACCCAGCUGACAACACCAGCUGCAAAGCCAACCCGUCUUACGUACCCCCUCCUCAGUGCCAGUCCGGGGAGUUUGCUUGUAAGAACAACCGCUGCAUCCAGGAGCGCUGGAAGUGUGACGGAGACAACGACUGUCUGGACAACAGCGACGAGGCUCCUGAGCUGUGCCACCAGCACACUUGCCCCACAGACAGAUUUAAGUGCAAGAACAACCGCUGCAUCCCUCUGCGCUGGCUGUGUGACGGGGACAACGACUGCGGGAACGACGAGGACGAAUCCAACACCACCUGCUCAGCUCGUACCUGCCCGCCCAAUCAGUAUUCGUGUGCCAGCGGGCGCUGCAUCCCUAUUUCCUGGACGUGCGACCUGGACGACGACUGCGGCGAUCGAUCGGAUGAACCCGCUUCCUGUGCCUACCCGACAUGUUUCCCCCUCACCCAGUUCACCUGCAACAACGGCCGCUGUAUCAACAUAAACUGGCGCUGCGAUAAUGAUAACGACUGCGGGGAUAACAGCGACGAGGCAGGCUGCAGUCACUCCUGCUCCAGCGCUCAGUUCAAGUGUAACAGCGGCCGCUGCAUCCCAGAUUACUGGACCUGUGACGGGGAUAAUGACUGCGGGGACUACAGCGACGAGACCCACGCAAACUGCACCAAUCAGGCCACGCGUCCCCCUGGAGGUUGUCACACAGAUGAGUUUCAGUGUCGAAUGGACGGCCUGUGCAUCCCGUUGCGUUGGCGCUGCGACGGGGACACGGACUGCAUGGACCUGAGCGACGAGAAGAAUUGUGAGGGUGUCACACACAUGUGCGACCCAGCUGUCAAGUUUGGCUGCAGGGACUCCGCGCGCUGCAUCAGCAAAGCCUGGGUGUGCGACGGAGACAGCGACUGUGAGGACAACUCAGACGAGGACAACUGUGAAGCCCUGGUGUGUAAGCUCUCUCACCAUGUGUGUGCCAAUGAUUCCACCAUCUGCCUGCCUGCGGAGAAACUUUGCGAUGGCACUGAUGACUGCCCAGAUGGCUCUGAUGAAAAACUCUGCGACCUGUGUUCACUGGACAAUGGCGACUGCAGCCAUAACUGCACGGUGGCUCCCGGUGAGGGGGUGAUCUGUUCCUGUCCACUGGGCAUGGAGUUGGGGCCCGACAACAAGACCUGUCAGAUCCAAAGCUUCUGUGCCAAACACCUUAAGUGCAGUCAACGCUGUGAACAGGACAAGUUCAGUGUGAAAUGCUCUUGUUACGAGGGCUGGGAACUGGAGCCUGACAUGGAGAACUGCAAGAGCACAGAUCCUUUCAAACCUUUUAUCAUUUUCUCAAACCGCCACGAGAUCCGCCGCAUCGAUCUGAAUAAAGGAGAGUUCAGUGUGUUGGUGCCAGGCCUGAGGAACACCAUCGCCCUGGACUUCCAUCUCAGCCAGAGCGCUCUCUAUUGGACCGAUGUGGUGGAGGACAAGAUCUACCGUGGGAAGCUGUCUGAGAAUGGAGCUUUAACCAGUUUCGAUGUGGUGAUCCAGUAUGGGCUGGCUACCCCUGAGGGAUUGGCAGUAGACUGGAUAGCAGGAAACAUUUACUGGGUGGAAAGCAACCUGGAUCAGAUAGAGGUGGCCAAGUUGGACGGCACCAUGAGGACAACACUGCUGGCUGGGGAGGUGGAGCACCCUCGAGCUAUUGCUCUGGAUCCUCGGGAUGGGAUCCUCUUCUGGACAGACUGGGAUGCCAGCUUGCCCAGAAUUGAAGCUGCAUCCAUGAGUGGACAAGGCAGGAAGACCAUCCAUAAGGAAACCGGCAAUGGAGGCUGGCCAAACGGACUCACUGUGGAUUAUCUAGAGCGCCGCAUCCUCUGGAUCGAUGCCAGGUCUGAUGCCAUUUAUUCAGCAAAGUAUGAUGGUUCUGGGCUGAUCGAGGUUCUGAGGGGACAUGAGUAUCUGUCGCAUCCCUUCGCCGUCACUAUGUACGGUGGAGAGGUUUACUGGACGGACUGGAGGACCAACACGCUGGCCAAGGCAAACAAGUGGACAGGAAGCAACGUCACUGUGGUUCAGAGAACCAACACACAGCCUUUCGACCUUCAGGUCUACCAUCCAUCCAGACAGCCGCAGGCUCCUAACCCAUGCGCGGCUAAAGACGGCAAGGAGCCCUGCUCUCAUCUGUGUCUCAUCAACUACAAUCAGACGUUCUCGUGUGCCUGCCCUCACCUCAUGAAGCUGGGCCCCGACAAACGCACCUGCUACGAGUCUCGUCAGUUCCUGCUGUACGCUCGGCAGAUCGAGAUCAGAGGGGUGGACAUCGACAACCCCUACUACAACUACAUCAUCUCCUUCACUGUGCCUGACAUCGACAAUGUGACCGUGGUGGACUACGACGCUCUGGAGCACCGUAUUUACUGGUCGGAUGUCCGCACCCAGACCAUCAAGAGAGCGUUCAUCAAUGGCACUGGAGUUGAGACUGUGGUUUCUGCUGAUCUGCCCAACGCUCACGGCCUGGCAGUGGACUGGGUGUCCAGAAACCUGUUCUGGACCAGUUUUGAUACAAACAAGAAACAGAUUAAUGUUGCCAGACUUGAUGGCUCCUUCAAAAAUGCUGUCAUCCAGGGCCUGGAAAAACCACCACACUGUCUGGUGCUGCAUCCAAUACUUGGGAAACUCUACUGGUUAGCUGGGGACGACAUCAUUAUGGCCAACACGGAUGGCAGCAACAGCAGCGUCCUUUUCAUAAACCAGAAAGGCCCCGUCGGUCUCUCGAUCGACUUUGACACCGAGCAGCUGUACUGGAUCAGCUCAGGAAACAGCACCAUCAACCGCUGUAAACUGGACGGCACUGGGCUGGAAGUGCUCGAGGGGGUGAAGGGAAAGCUGACCAAGGCUACUGCUCUGGCAAUCAUGGGAGAGAAGUUGUGGUGGGCGGACCAAGGAACUGACCAGAUAGGAACCUGUGACAAGAAGGACGGCGGCAACUGGAAAGUCCUGAGGAACAGCACAUCUCCCAUGAUGCACAUGAAAAUCUACAAUGAAACUGUGCAGAAAGGCACCAAUCUCUGCAGCAAUAACAAUGGAGACUGUUCCCAGCUGUGUCUCCCCACCUCCCCGACCACCAGAGCCUGCAUGUGCACUGCAGGAUACAGCCUGCGCACGGGGCAACAGUCCUGCGAGGGUGUUGGCUCUUUCUUGCUGUACUCUGUGCAUGAAGGCAUACGUGGUAUUCCUCUGGACCCGUCAGACAAGUCUGAUGCCCUGGUACCGGUGUCAGGCACAUCCCUGGCUGUAGGCAUAGAUUUCCAUGCUGAUAAUGACACUAUCUACUGGGUGGACAUGGGUCUGAGCACCAUUAGCAGGGCCAAGAGAGACCAGACCUGGAGAGAGGAUGUAGUCACUAAUGGCAUCGGCAGGGUGGAGGGCAUUGCUGUGGACUGGAUAGCAGGAAACAUCUACUGGACAGAUCAAGGCUUCGAUGUGAUCGAGGUGGCCAGGCUCAAUGGCUCCUUCCGCUAUGUGGUGAUCUCCCAAGGGCUGGACAAGCCUCGUGCCAUCACAGUCCAUCCUGAGAAAGGCUACCUAUUUUGGACCGAGUGGGGCCAGUACCCACGUAUUGAACGGUCUCGUCUGGAUGGCUCCCAGAGGGCCGUCCUGGUCAAUGUCAGUAUCAGCUGGCCCAACGGCAUCUCCAUUGACUACGAGGAGAGUCUGCUGUACUGGUGCGACGCCAGGACGGAUAAGAUUGAGCGCAUCAACCUGGAGACGGGAGAAAACCGGGAAGUGGUGCUGGCUAACAACAACAUGGACAUGUUCUCCGUGUCUGUGUUUGAGAGCUACAUCUACUGGAGUGACAGGACUCACGCCAAUGGCUCCAUAAAGAGAGGCAGCAAGGACAACGCCACAGACUCUGUGUCUCUGAGAACUGGCAUCGGAGUACAGCUUAAAGACAUCAAGGUUUUCAACAGGGCGAGGCAGCAGGGAACAAACGUGUGCAAAGACAAAAACGGCGGCUGCCAGCAGCUUUGUCUUUUCCGCGGCAACGGACAGCGCACGUGCGCCUGUGCCCACGGCAUGCUGGCCGAAGACGGACGCAGCUGCCGUGACUACGACGGCUACCUGCUCUAUUCGGAGCGCACUAUACUAAAGAGCGUCCACCUGUCAGACGAAAACAACUUGAACGCGCCCAUUAAACCGUUCGAGGACCCCGAGCACAUGAAGAAUGUCAUCGCGCUCACUUUUGACUAUAGAGGAGGAGGAGGAAAGGGAGCCAACCGUAUCUUCUUCAGCGAUAUCCACUUUGGCAACAUCCAGCGGAUCAGUGAUGACGGUUUGGACCGCAGGACUGUGGUAGAGAACGUCGGCUCGGUGGAGGGCUUGGCGUACCACAGGGGCUGGGAUAUGCUGUACUGGACCAGCUACACUACCUCAACCAUCACCCGCCACACUGUGGAUCAGAGCCGCUGGGGCGCCGUCGACAGGCACACUGUGGUCAGCAUGUCGGGAGAUGACCACCCCAGAGCCUUCGUCCUUGACGAGUGUCAGAGCCUCAUGUUUUGGACCAACUGGAAUGAGCAGUCUCCCAGUAUCAUGCGUGCCACGCUGACUGGUUCCAAUGUCCUUGUAAUUAUUGGCAAUGACAUCCGAACCCCGAACGGCCUCGCCAUAGACCACCGCGCUGAAAAACUUUAUUUCUCCGACGCCACACUAGACAAGAUAGAGCGCUGCGAGUACGACGGCACACGGCGCCACGUGGUGUUAAAGAACGAGCCGGUGCAUCCGUUUGGCCUGGCUGUGUACGGUGACUACAUCUUCUGGACAGACUGGGUGAGGAGGGCUGUGCUCCGGGCUGACAAAUACACAGGAGGAGACAUGAAGGUGCUGCGCGCUGACAUUCCUCAGCAGCCAAUGGGGAUCGUCGCUGUGGCCAACGACACCAAUAGCUGUGAGUUCUCCCUGUGCCGCGUUAACAACGGAGGAUGUCAGGACCUGUGUUUGCUGACCUCCGAGGGAAGGGUCAACUGCAGUUGCCGUGGUGACCGGAAGCUUUUAGAAGACAACACCUGCAUAGCCCUCAACACCACGUGUAACAACAUCGAUGAGUUUGAAUGUGGAAAUGGAGACUGUGUCAACUACACCCUGACUUGUGAUGGCAUGGCCCACUGCAAGGACAAGUCUGAUGAGAAACAGUCGUACUGUGCCAACCGUGUAUGCAAGAAGGGAUACAGGCGGUGUGUGAAUGGUCGCUGCGUGGGGCAUAGCUCCUGGUGCAAUGGGCAGGACGACUGCGGAGACAAUUCCGAUGAAGUCUUUUGUAACACCACGCUGUGCUCGGCUGAUCAGUUCCAGUGCAGAGACGGAGGGUGCAUCUCCAACUCGAGCAAGUGUAACCAGAAAGUGGACUGCAAGGAUGCCAGCGAUGAGAUGAACUGCACUGCCACGGACUGUUCCAGCUACUUCCAUCUGGGAGUGAAAGGAGUGACAUUUCAGAAGUGCGAGUUCACCACACUCUGCUUUGCCCCUUCGUGGCACUGUGAUGGAGCUAAUGACUGUGGAGACUUCUCAGAUGAAAAAAAUUGCCCAGGGAGCGGGAAAACAAAGUGUCCUACGCCCUUCUUUGCCUGUCCGAGUGGACGUUGUAUCCCCAUGAGCUGGACGUGCGAUAAGGAGAAUGACUGUGAGAACGGUGCAGAUGAGGCUCACUGUGAUAAAUUCUGCUCAGCCUCUCAGUUUGAGUGCGGGAACCAUCGCUGCAUUCCCAACCGCUGGGUGUGUGACGGAGCGGACGACUGCGGUGACAGCAGUGAUGAGGACAGCAAGUGCAAGACUAAAACCUGUAGUCCGGAGGCGUUCCAGUGUCCUGGAUCACAUAUGUGUAUCCCCCAGCGUUGGAAGUGUGACGGAGACAAAGACUGUCCCGAUGGGGCCGACGAGAGCGUCAAAGCUGGCUGCAUGUUUAACAACACGUGCGGCAACAACGAGUUCAUGUGCCAGAACCGACAGUGUAUCCCCAAGCACUUUGUGUGUGACCAUGACAACGACUGCGGCGAUGGCUCAGACGAAUCCCAGGAGUGCAAAUACCCGACAUGUGGACCCAAAGAGUUCCAAUGCGCCAACGGACGCUGCCUCAUCCAAAGUUCAUGGGAGUGUGAUGGAGACUUUGACUGCCAUGACCAGUCAGACGAAGCCCCAAAGAACCCACGCUGCAAUGGCCCAGAGAAGAAAUGCAAUGACACCGCGUAUGCCUGCAACAAUGGGAACUGUGUCAAUGAGACGUUGCUCUGUGACCAUAAGGACGACUGUGGCGACGGCUCCGAUGAGCUGAACUGCUUUAUUAACGAGUGCCUGAGCAAACUGAGCGGCUGCUCCCAGCUCUGCGAAGACCUAAAAAUAGGCUUCAAGUGCCGGUGCCACCCUGGCUUCCAUCUGAAAGAUGAUGGGAAGACGUGCGUGGACAUAGACGAGUGCACGACGACCUAUCCCUGCACGCAGCAUUGCCUUAACACGCACGGCAGCUUCCACUGUCUGUGCGUGGAUGGUUUCCAGCUAAGCCCUGAAAAUCCCACCAUAUGCAAAUCCACCUCAGAUGAGGAGCCCUUCCUGAUCUUUGCCAACCGCUACUAUCUGAGGAAGCUCAAUUUAGAUGGAUCCAACUAUACACUGCUCAAACAGGGCUUGAACAAUGCUGUGGCUCUGGACUUUGACUAUCGCCAGCAGAUGAUUUACUGGACAGAUGUGACCACCCAGGGCAGCAUGAUCCGACGCAUGCACAUCAACGGCAGUGAUGUUCAGGUCCUUCAUCGCACAUCACUCAGCAACCCAGACGGUCUGGCAGUUGACUGGGUGGGAGGAAACCUGUACUGGUGCGAUAAGGGACGGGACACUAUCGAGGUGUCAAAGCUGAAUGGAGCGUACCGGACGGUUCUGGUCAACAGCGGCCUGAGGGAGCCACGUGCUGUAGCUGUGGACGUACGCUAUGGAUACUUAUACUGGUCAGACUGGGGUGACAGCCCCCACAUUGGGAGGAUUGGGAUGGAUGGCACCAACAGGAGUGUCAUUGUGGAGGAUAAGAUCACCUGGCCCAAUGGCCUGACGCUGGACUUUGUCAAUGACCGCAUCUACUGGGCCGAUGCUCGAGAGGACUACAUCGCAUUUGCCAGCCUUGAUGGAACCAACAGACACACAAUUCUGGUGCAGGAUAUCCCCCACAUCUUUGCUAUGACUCUGUUCGAGGAGUACAUCUACUGGACAGACUGGGAGACAAAGUCCAUCAACAGAGCUCAUAAAACACUGGGAAUCAACAAGACCGUGCUGAUCAGCACCUUACACAGGCCAAUGGACGUCCACAUUUACCACCCGUACCGCCAACCUGAAGUGGCUGACCACCCAUGCCAGGUCGACAAUGGAGGCUGCAGCAACCUGUGUCUGCUCUCACCUGGAGGGGGCUACAAGUGUGCGUGCCCCACUAACUUUUAUCUGGCAGCUGAUGGCAGACAGUGCUUGUCCAACUGCACCGCAAGUCAGUUUGUCUGCAAAAAUGACAAGUGCAUUCCAUUUUGGUGGAAGUGUGACACUGAAGACGACUGUGGGGACCGCUCGGACGAGCCUGCAGACUGCCCUGAGUUUAAGUGCAGGCCAGGCCAGUUCCAGUGUGGUACAGGCAUCUGCACCAACCCGGCCUACAUCUGUGAUGGAGACAAUGAUUGCCAGGACAACUCUGAUGAGGCCAACUGCGACAUCCACGUCUGCCUGCCGAGUCAGUUUAAAUGUACCCACCCAAGUCGCUGCAUCCCUGGCAUCUUCCGUUGCAAUGGACAGGACAACUGCGGAGAGGGAGAGGAUGAGAAAGACUGUCCCGAAGUGACAUGCGCCCCCAACCAGUUCCAGUGUGCCAUCACCAAGCGCUGUAUCCCACGGGUGUGGGUUUGUGACAAGGACAAUGACUGUGUGGAUGGAUCUGAUGAGCCUGCCAACUGCACUCAAAUGACAUGCGGCGUGGAUGAGUUCCGCUGCAAGGACUCGGGACGAUGCAUCCCGGCGCGCUGGAAAUGUGACGGAGAGGAUGACUGCGGAGACGCUUCGGAUGAACCCAAGGAAGAGUGUGAUGAGCGGACGUGUGAGCCGUACCAAUUCCGCUGUAAGAACAACCGCUGCGUGCCUGGCCGCUGGCAAUGUGACUACGACAACGAUUGUGGGGACAACUCCGAUGAAGACAAGUGUGUGCCUCGUCAGUGUUCAGAGAGCGAGUUUGCCUGCACAAAUGGCCGUUGCAUUGCCGGGCGCUGGAAGUGUGACGGAGACCACGAUUGUGCUGAUGGUUCGGACGAAAAUGGCUGUGAUGUGAAGUGUGACAGCGAUCAGUUCCAGUGCAAAAAUGGCCAUUGCAUCCCCAUCCGCUGGCGCUGUGACGCUGACGCUGACUGCGUGGAUGGCAGCGAUGAGGAGAAAUGUGACAGCGGCAUGGGUAGACACUGCCCCCUGGAUGAGUUCCAGUGCAACAACACUCUUUGUAAACCCCUGGGCUGGAAGUGUGACGGCGAGGAUGACUGUGGGGACAACUCGGAUGAAAAUCCAGAAGAGUGCGUUAAAUUCCAGUGUCCGCCCACAAGGCAGUUCCGAUGCCAUAAUGAUCGCGUGUGUCUGCCACUAUCAAAACGCUGCGAUGGCGUCAACAACUGUGGGGACAACAGCGACGAAGUGAACUGCCAAAUACCUCCCCCCACACCAGUAUGUCAGAAGGAUGAAUUCAAGUGCUCCAAUGGCCGUUGCAUCAGCUCUGUCUUGCGCUGCAACUACUUCAACGACUGCGAGGACUAUGGUUCUGAUGAAAUCCACUGCAAUAAGAAAGACACGGUGCUGAACGACUGUCGCAGUAACAGAACAGUGUGCGGAGACGGAGAUGAAGCUCAUUGUGUGGUGAACGGCACGGACUCUUUCUGUUCCUGCAAACCCGGCUUCCAGUCGAAUGGACGCAACAGAUGUGAAGAUAAAAACGAGUGUAAGCAGUUUGGAGUGUGUUCCCACAUCUGCAACAACACUAAAGGUUCUCACAAGUGCAGCUGCCACAAGUACUUCAUCAGAAUCAAUGAGACCUGCAAGGCCGAUGCUCAGAGACAAGUGCUCUACAUCGCCGAUGACAGUGAGAUCCGCAGCCUGGACCCUUCUAUGCCAAACUGGCGUUAUGAGCAGAUCUUCCAGGGCGACGCCAACGUGCGCAUCGAUGCCAUGGACCUACAUGUCAAGACGAACCGCAUUUACUGGACAAACUGGCACACGGGACGCAUUUCUUCCUAUGAGUUGCCCUCUUCCUCCUCUUCCCCCAAUAGCAACCGCAACCGACGGCAGAGUGACUCGAGGGUCACGAACGUGGAGAUCCCUGAUCUGAAGAUGCCCCGUGGCAUUGCUGUAGACUGGGUGGCAGGGAACUUGUACUGGACUGACUCCGGUAGAGAUGUCAUCGAAGUGGCCCAGAUAAGCGGAGGACGCCACCGCAAGACUCUGAUCUCCGGCAUGAUUGAUGAGCCCUAUGCCAUUGUAGUGGACCCCCAGAGAGGGAAAAUGUACUGGGCAGACUGGGGGAACCACCCCAAGAUUGAAACAGCCGCUAUGGAUGGUACCAUGAGAGAGACGCUGGUGGAGGAAAACAUCCAGUGGCCAACUGGUCUAGCGGUGGACUACUUCAACGAGCGUCUUUACUGGGCCGAUGCUAAACUCUCGUUGAUCUGCAGCGUGCGGCUGAACGGCAGCGAUGCAGUCGUGGCUGUAAACAGCAUUAAAAACAAACUCCAUCAACCCUUCAGCAUUGAUGUAUUCGAGGACUACGUCUACGGCGUCACCUACAUCAACAACUACGUCUUCCGAGUGAACAAGUUUGGCAAAGGCCCCAUUGAGAACCUGACGACUGGAAUGAACCACGCCACAGAUAUAGUUUUGUAUCACCGCUACAAGCAGCCUGAGAUGACUAAUCCCUGCGACAGGAAGAAAUGUGAAUGGCUGUGUCUGCUGAGCCCCAGUGGACCAGUCUGCACAUGUCCCAAUGGACGCACGCUGGACAAUGGCACAUGUGUGGAGCUGCCCACUCCCACACUUUCUCCCAUUUCUCCUCCCAGUGGUCCCUGCUUGGUGCAGUGUAUGAACGGUGGCAGCUGUUUCCUGAACGCCCACAAGCAGCCCAAGUGUCGCUGCCAGCCUAACUAUGGAGGAGAUCGAUGUGAGAUCGACCAGUGCAGGGACUAUUGCAAGAAUGGAGGCACAUGCACACCUUCCCCUACAGGCUCUCCUACCUGCCGAUGCAUGACAGGCUUCACAGGACCAAACUGUAACCUGCACACCUGUAAGAAUUACUGCAAAAACGGAGGCAACUGCACAGUUAGUGCCGGAAACCAGCCGACCUGUCGCUGCCCCGCUGACUUCCUUGGCGACCAGUGCCAGUACAGAAGCUGUGAGGGCCACUGCCUGAACAAAGGUACAUGUCUACAGAGUGAAAGCGGCUCCAAGCUGUGUCGCUGUCUGCCUCAGUACACCGGCAGCACAUGCGAGAUUGACAAGUGUCACUAUUGUCGUGACGGCGAGUGUAUCCCCAGCAACAGUUUUACAUCUACAGGGGACUUCACCUGCCGCUGCUUAAAUGGAAGAGUCCAGCCCAGCUGCUACACAUGUGAUACAAAUGAGUACUGCGCGAAUGGCCAGUGCUCUAUAAACCCCGCCUCCCGCCUUCCAGAGUGCAGAUGUUCACCUGGCUGGGCAGGGCAUCGCUGUGAGUCCGUGGCCAACACUGAAGGAUCCCCAGGUUCAAGCGGACGCACAGCCUCAAUAGUGAUCCCUGUGCUGCUACUGUUGCUGCUGGUUCUCCUGGCUGCAGGAGCGUUGUUCUGGUAUAGAAGGAGGAUGAGAGGGUCUAGCCGGCCCGGCAAAACCGGCUCCAGACGCUUGCGGGCCAAGGGCUUCCAGCACCAAAGGAUGACUAAUGGAGCCAUGAAUGUCGAGAUUGGAAACCCUGCCUACAAGAUCUACGAGGGCGAGCCUGAUGAUGACGCUGGGGAGCUGCUGGACGCAGACUUUACGCUGGACCCAGAUAAGCCCACCAACUUCACAAAUCCAGUAUAUGCCACUCUGUACAUGGGAGCUCACAACAGUCGCAACUCUCUGGCCAGCACAGAUGAGAAGAAGGAACUGCUAUCACGUGGAGACGAGGAACCCCUUGUGGAUCCGCUGGCAUAGACUGUCCAUUGGCUUGGAUCACGCUAUUCCAAACACACCCCUCUUCUUGCCUUUUAAAAGAAAAACGAAACAAAAACAAAAAAAAUCGACAAAAAGUAUGAGAGAAAAUUGAUAAAAAGUGUGAACACUGUAUAAAAUGUACAAAAAUGAAGGACUACUUUUGUAUGUGAUUGCAGUAUUAUAUUUUGUUCUUUUGAGAUUCCUCUGGUCAAAAAUGAGUAACAUUUUCUAUGAGAGAUUUUUAAUUUACACUUUGUCCCUUACCCUUUACCUAAAUAGCCACUACCUCUGUGCAAAAUGAAAUGGAAACAAGAAAAUCAGAAGAAAAGAUGCUAUCAUUGGAGCAAUUUUAAUUUUUUAUUUUUGUAUGAAUUGUAUAGAAAAGAAAAAAACAUUGUUCCAUUUCACCAGUGCCAACUGUUUGUUGUUUGUGUUGACUUUGAGCGGGAAAGGCAAAACUCAAAGUUUUCUAAAUCGGUACAUAUGUUGUCUUGCUGAGUUUUCUCGGCGAGAUUGUGUGAGACAGAUUUGUGAUAGCACCGUUUGUGUAUAGCACAUGUAAAAUGUCAAUACCAGAUGGCAACUACAGUAUUUCCACAUAAUUUUUUCUCAGAGAACAAUGUUCAUGAAAUGAUUGUGUUGUCUUCCUUGCACAGAAUUCAUAUUUUACGGUAUAGUGUAUACUGUAGGCUUUAUACCGUAAGAUGUUAAACAGGUAUGUUUGUUUUUAUCACAUUGUAUGACAGCUGGAGCUCAUGUGUUGCUGAAAUGAAGGGGGUGAAAGGCGUUCCGGUGUUGUGAUUAUGAAGAUGGAGAGUGAGAAAGUUGGUUAUGGGUUAAACAUUCCAGGCAGAGUAGUGGGUGGAGAUGACAGAUGUAAAGACAUGGUAAGGGUUGAAUGCCUUCAUGGGUGGGAAGUUGGCUAAUAAUGAGAGGGCCAUAGCAGAUACAAGACUUUGAUGGACAGUGUCACGUCUGCGCCAUUUAGUUCUGUUACAAGGGUCUUCCUGCAGAAGGAAAGGUAGGCUGCAAAUAUGGUAAAAUAGAACGAAAAACAUGAUCGAGAUGGGUCUUUUGCUUGUCUUUUACUUCUCCAGUCCAUUGUUUUUGUAAAGACCAGAUAAUACCCAUCUGACUUUGUGAGUAGAUUUAUCUUUCUACCUUCAGAGGAUCGAAGUCUGUAACGUUCACAGUUUUUGUAAUGACUCAGUCUUAAGUGCAUUAUGUUCAUUUGGUCCUUAGCGUUUCUCUGCUCUUCUUGAGCUCUUUCUAAUCUCUCACUCUCCUCUGUGCCCUGCUGCUGCUAAUGCUACCAUUCUGGUUGCUCUGACACGUCCUUACGCUCAGCCUCUGUCCCAAAAUGCUGCUUCUGUCAGAAAUGUGUCAGCCAUAUCUUAAUGCAUGUGAAAAGUAACACCAAUCUUUAAUGUAACUACAAUAACAAGUUGGUUUUGUUUUUGUUUUUUUUAAUUUUUGCUUACCUGUCAGCAAGUGUUAUUUUAUGCUGUUGUAUAUGUUUUGUCUUAAAUUGAGAGAGAAGUACAAUCAUUUUACCUAAAGAACAUUUUUGCAAAAUCAUACAUGCAUUUUCAGAAUUGUUUUUUGAUUAGUCCUUGUUUUCGUUUUUUUUUUUGUUUGUUUGUUUGUUUUUUAAUGAAAAAUGACACAUAGCUUUUAUAGUACACAAUGCAUGGAGGCUCAGACUUUCUUCUGGAAAGAGAAUAAUGUUUAAUUUUUGCUGGAGUACUUUACAAACUAAAUAACAGAUAUUGUUAUAAAUAAAAUUUUAAAAAUUGUACAGAA